AUGCAACAAAUCAAAAAGUCCUUGAAGGAAAGCGAAACUGCCCCACCAAAGGAGGAAGAGGUGAAGCCUGCAGGUGUAAGUGAAACAAUAUCAGAUGAACCUUUAGCACCUCCUCAAAUCUCUAUGUCAUCAUCACUAACGGAAGCUGACAUGGAGGUGUCAGAACUGUUUUCACAUGACGAGUCCUUCUGUCCGAUAAAAGAGUCCAAAAGUGACAUCAUUGGCAUUAAAGGUGCAAAAUGUAUUGAGCAAAAUGAUGAAGAAGAGGCUCCAGUUACUGAAAAAGAGGAUGAAACCACUAAUGACGAUGAAAUGCUCCCUGAAUCUGACAAAAAGAAUGAAUUAGAAUACGAUGUUAAUGAUGAAAAAGAUGAAUCCAAAGAGGAAAUUCCUGAGGAUUGUGUAUCUGAACAAAAGGAUGAAACUCCACCAGAAUUGCCCAAACAGACAUCACCUCAGGUUGAUGAACAAUGUACCCCUUCAGUAUUCAAGAUGGUGGAACAUUUUGCUCAGCGAAUUCAGGCAGAACAGCAGCUGAUUGAGCGACCAGUGAGUCCAAAGACUGAAAAUGUACUGCGAAGAUCGAGAUGGAGUCAGAUAUAUGAUGAUCCUGUGCUAAAGAUACACUGUCAGAGUAGCGAGCAGCAACCCCCUGAAGACCCAGAAGCAUCAAAUGAUCUUGCGAGUGUACAACGGAAAAUAUCCGAGAUUCAGGAGGGAGUUACCAUGAAAUCUAGUGACACGAAUCUAGAAGACGCCCAGACAGAGGAUGGUCCUCUGAACAGGAUGCCAAUGACUUCCUGCGCCUGUACUCAACGUCUCCCACCAUGGAUGAUAAACCUGAAGACGAAGGGAAUUGAACAAACGUCUCAUCCCAAUGAUGAACGUUUUGAGGAAACUAUGUUUGAGUUAUCAGACGAUGAAGAACAAAAGAAAUCUGAAGUCCACGUUGAUGUUAGUAAAAGCAGUGCUGCAAAACCAGAGCCUGUGAAAAAGGAAAGUGAUACGGAUGUUGUUGUGAAGAUGCGAAAGCCAGAAAUCUAG